AUGUGCUUCUCCGAGAUCUUCAUCGGCCGUCUGUUCACCUAUGUCCCGGCGCUGUGUCCCAUUCUUAGCCCGUACUUUUACAGUCCAUCAGUGUUUCUCAAAGUUUACUUUACUCUAAUCCACUACACGGACGGAUUCAAGACCAUUUCCCAAGUUUUCUUGAGCUUCAACCGGAUGACGUGCGUUGUUUUUCCUGUGAAUCACGACGAGGUGCCCCAGUUAUCAUAGUUAUUUGGAAAAUGAUAGUAAUUAUUGAAGAUCUGGAAGCGAAUUCUCAUACCGACAAUAUUUAUUAUGUUCAUUUUGCCAAUUGGAAUCAUUUGGAACAUUGUGAUCUCGAGAGUUUAUGCUAAUCCAUCGGCCGGAGGUUUUAGCGCCAAUUACAUUAGAAAAGUGGUGUGGGUAAGUGGUCUAGGAUCACAGUCAUAGGUUAUAUAGUCUUUACCAAAAAAAUAUCAUUCAAAAAUGAAGAAUAAGGAAACAAGUUUAAUUAUAGUGCAACGACGGAAGUUGUUCACUGGGUUCACCGAUAAUAACAGACAUUCAGGCACGUGUUUCCCAAUUCCACCUGUUCUAUUUCAUCGGUUCUCUGCUCUUAAUCAUAAUCUUUUCGUCGGCGACUCUUUACGCGUUGCUCGUGCUUCGAACUCGAAUCAAAUCGGCCGAAAAGUCGAUCACGACGGCCACGAUGGCUAUUUCCAUCGAAUUUUGUCUUCUGGCCAUGUUUCAGGUCUGAUCCUAAACAAGAAGUUCCAUAAGUCCUAUUUGCAGAUCUACUUCGCCUACCUCUCCUCCCCAACUUCUCCCCUCAGACCCUAUUUGCUCCGUGCUCUCGAGCUGACCUAUGAUUCUCUGAACUUCUUCCCGCCCAUCCUCCUAAUCUGCUUCAACCGACAACUCCGGUUGGAUAUGGGGUUUGACUCGGAACAUCAAAAAAAUGUUCAGAAAACGUCAAGGUUUGAAACGAGUAUAAUUUAAUUGGAAAAUUAAUAUGAAAAGUUCAGAAGCACAGUUGUCAGUUCAUCCUCUCGUCCAGUAUCAAUUCGGUCCGUUUCUCAAGUGGUUCUGA